AGGUUAGUUUCAAGCUGCAAAAACAAAUCUAAAUACUUGUACUCUGGUCUCUUUAUCUGUGUGCACCAGAUAGAUUCCACUUGUUAAGAAUUUCUCUCCUUUAGUCAUAUUAAGAAUGAAAACAAAAGUAACAUUUGCUGAUGAAGUAUCUUCUAAUAAUGUUAUUAGUUGCCAAGCAACUGAAAAAUUACUUUGUGAAAUCGAAGAUAAAAUCAGAAAUGCAUCUUUAACAUGUCAAACAUCACUGGAUGAGUUUUUAAAAGAUUUUGAUCAUUUGCGAACAGGCUUUGUUACAAAAGAGCAGUUUGAUCGAUGUUUAAAUCAACAUUUAAAUAUAGUAUUGAAACACGAUGAAGAUAAUGUCCUUAUGGAAAAGUAUGGUCAUAACUAUCCUCUUCCUCGAAUGUUGAACUACAGAAGUCUUUGUCAAACUAUUGAUUCAACACAGCCAAAGACAAAAUCAAAACAGUCAGCUCAUCAAAAGAGUGAUUCAUUUGAUCAUCAAGAAUCAUCACAUAAAGAAUUCAUGGCAUUGUUGGAGCGUAUUGCACCAUAUUAUCAGUAUCAUGGAAUAAGUAUUAAAACCUGUUACAAAGAUUUCGAUUUGCAUAAUAUUGGGUUGGUGACUGAAAGCCAGUUUUACCGAUGUUUUCCUGGGCCAUCUGAUGUAAAUGCUGACGAAUUAAAACUUCUUGCUCAUCAUUAUUUUUGCCCAAAUAAUAAAGGCAUGUGUGAUUACUUAGACUUUCAUAAAGAUAUUGUAAACAUUAUCAAUGCAUCAAAUGAGUCAAAAAAAAUAUUACAUUCCUCUGAAAUACAGCAUAUUACAAAAAGAAAGGUUUUCAAUGAUGCUAAUUUUAAUGAUGUGUUAGAAAAAAUUAAAGUUGCUACUUUCAAGAAUGGAAUACGCUCAACUGAAUUUUUCAUAGACCAUGAUAAGUUAAGAAGUGGUUUGGUUACAAAAAACCAGUUUAUAUGCGGUAUCCAAUUAUGCUGUGGAGAACAGGCUAAUUUAUCAAGUAAAGAAAUUGACUUGUUAAUAGAACAUUAUACAUCAGAUGAUGGUCGUGUGCGAUACAGAGAGUUUUGCCAUGUGAUAGAAAAUGCAUUUAAUAUUCCUGAACUAGAGAAAAACCCAUCUCUUAAUGUUUAUCGACCUCCUGUUGGGGCAUUAGCACAAAAGCCAAAUUUGUUACGAGACGAAGAAGAGGAAAGAGUUUGCAAAAUUUUAUUUCAACUUCGAGAAGUAGUAAAAAAGAAAAGAUUAAUGUUAACAUACUUUAAAGACUUUGAUCAGGGUAAAUGUUAUACGCAAGGUAUGAGUAAAACUCGUUUUAGCCGAAUGCUGCACAUGGUUGGGUUGGAUAUUCAACCAUCAGAUUUGGAAGUAGUAUAUAGAAAGUUUGAAUACCCAGUUAGUGGAGAUAUAAAUUACCCUGCAUUUAUAAAAUGUAUUGAUCAAGAAUAUUAUGCAAAACCUCCAGUUAGUGAUGAUCAAGACACAACAAAAACUGUUUUUCCAUCAAGCUCUGAGAAAGAAAUAUGCAGUGAAUCAGUGAUAGAUGUAAAUGAAGUAAUCAAACGAAUCAGUCAUCAUAUUUUUGUGUACAGGAUUAGAAUAGCAGAAUUUUUCCAAGAUUAUGAUCCUCUACGACAUGGAUCUAUACCAAUAUCUCGUUUUCGAAUGGGUUUAAGUGCUUCAGGUCAACAGGUUACUGAACAGGAAAUAAAUGCUCUUUUAAAAAAAUAUCAAGACAUAAAUAUAAAGGAAAACAUUCUUUGGCUACAUUUUGUGAAUGAUGUGGAAAAAGUUUUAAAUCAAAAAAGCUUUGAAAAAAGCCCCACAAUUAAGUUGGUAUCUUCAGAAGAUGUUUUGAUGUCAAAAGCUUCUUCUAACUGGGAAUCUCAAUCUGAUGAAGCAAAAAAUGCUUUUAAUAAUGUAAUACAAAGUAUGAAAGAAAAGAUAGAGCAAAGAAGAACUUUGACCAAACCCUUUUUCCAAGAUUUUGACAAGCAUCAUCGUGGUUAUGUAACAAAAUCUCAGUUUUGUCAAUGUAUGACAUAUCUAAAUUUAAGUUUUAAUGAAGAGGACAUAGAUAUAGUUUACAAAAGGUUUAGUGAUGCAGCAGGAUUCAACUACAUAAAAUUCUUAGAUGAACUGCAACCAGCUGAAAAAUAUGAACACAUAUACUUAAAGCGAAUUAAUGAUUUAAAAAUUUUAGACAAAGCCAAGAUAGUUGAAGAAAGAAAAGACAUCUAUAAUAAUGAAAGAAAAGAUAAUGUGAUGAACAAGAUCCGAUCAAAGGUUUUUCGAGAAUCAAUACGAAUACACGAGUUUAUGAAAGAUUUUGAUAAAUUGCGAACUGGGAAAAUGCUAAAGAUCAAUUUUCCUAGAGCAUUAAACAUUUCAUCUUUAAGACUAACGGCAUAUGACAUUGAUACAGUUAUGGAUUACUACAAGUCAGAAGGAAAUUCUAACUAUGUGGAUUACAAUAGGUUUUGUGAUGAUGUUGACAGUGUGUUUACUACUAAAGGUCUUGAGGUAAAUCCAACACUGGUUCCUAUUCAAUACAAACCUAAAUCAAAAAAUUCGCUUAUUCAGCUUUCUUCUGAUGCUGAAGAAAUGAUUGAGACAGUCAUCCAUCGCCUUGCUGAUCGUGUCAGGAUACGCAGAAUCCAGCUUUUCCCAUUGUUUGAGGAUUAUGAUCGAUUUCACAACGGAACUGUGUCUCGUUCUCAACUACACCGCGUUCUUAGUGAGCUAGAACUAGGAAGCAUUGUUAGCGAGCAAGAAUUUCAUGCUUUGUAUGAAAAAUUUCUAUCUGUUAUUGGAGGGAAACUUGACUUUAAUUAUAAAGCUUUUUGUGAUAUGGUAAACAAUUAUGCAAACUUUGACCCAAACAUUCCUUGAAAAAAACUUAAAAGACAUUCGUUUCCUAGGAGAUUAUUUUGAUGCACAGUUUAAUUUUAUUCUCUAACUAUCAUGUUUAUCUAUUUUAUCUAUAAUUGUAUUUAUAAAUUUUUUUUAAAAUAAAAGUAAUUAAAGUUUUUAA